GGAAAACAAAAAAAAAAUGAUAAUGGGCCCGAUUCGGACCGGACCCGGUGGUUACCCGUGCCGGUCCCGGGUCCACCAUUUCUGAACCGUCGGCCCGCCCGAGCCUAGGCCCCACCCGGACCCGAGUCCAUCUCUAAUAUGAGGCUAGUUACUGAUUUGCUCCUGUUCUCCUUUUAGGUCCGAGGAAGAUGCAGCAAGAGUAAAUCAUUAGAGAUCUUGGCUUGAAUGAGCCAUCGCCAAUUUUUUUAUUUUCGAUUUUUUUUUGAUAAUCCAGGUGUCGGGGCUUGCGCUCCCAUAAUCCCGGAGUCUAUGAAUUACCCUCCAAAGCCCCUAGACAGUUAAGCCCGGAUCUGAUCACAGUCAGCCUCAUCAGUACUGGCUCCAAAGGAUGAAUCCAGCAGGACUUACAUCACCUUUCAGGCUGCUCCUCCCACCACACGAACCCGCUACCUUCAUUACCAUCUUCUCCCUUCUCAGUCGCUGAGCAACUCCGUGAAGGUAGGAAGAAUCAUUGGGAGCAAGACCUUCCCCCUCUCCCCUAAAUGUGCCUAGCGGGAUUCGAACCCGAGACCUCCGCUAGGACACGGUAAUCUUCCACCAAGUGAGCUGGAAUGGUUGGUUAAUUUUUUUAUUUUCGAAGCAUUGGAGGGUCAUCACCCUGUUUUUGGCUUGAAUGAGCUAUUUUGCUAAAAAGAAGCUCCAGAGACUUUUGUCCAAAGAAGAUACGUGGCCGAUUUUUAAGAAGAACAUGGAUCUCGUGACAAAAGUGGAUGAGUCCUUUAAGCUGUUAAAAUGAUUUAAUGAUUAUCAUCAUCAUUAUUAUUACUAUCUUUUUUUAUAACAAAAAUAAUAAUAAUGAUAAUAAUAAUGACGGACAUUUCUUUUAUGCUGCUCUUUGUUUUUUUUGUAGUACCCAACAUGAUGUAUUUUAAAGACAUAAAACAGGGCAACAAAAAUAUCUCUCUAUCAACGAGCAAGGAGAAUGACGAUGAGAUACUUUUGGAGAUGUACAAGCCAUUUGCUCGUGAGUUUUGGGGUCCAACGGUCGUGUCCUAUCGAGUUUCAAAGUGGACUCCUGAGUGCGAGUAUCAAGCUCAGACAAUGCGGACUUUAGAAUCUGGCUUUACUCACAUGCCCUCUUCUGAGAUUCUUCCUUCUUUGGGUAGACGUAUCCUUGAUGAAAACAUCCCUUUGACAAAGACCUUAUCAUUUGGUGAUGAGUUUAGAUUCAUCACAGGUUAUUGGGACUGGGCCGAGGAUAUUUUGAGCAUGAGUAAAAGCGUUCUGGACGAAGGGCUUAUUUACAAUGUCGUUUAUGCCUCAUUAUUCACGUAUGACCGAUGUACUAAUGCCGUUCAAGCAUUUUGUGAGGCAUGGUGUCCCACGACGAAUACUUUGCUUACGUCGAUUGGCGAGUUGACGAUCACACUUUGGGACUUGCACGUUGUCGGAGGAUUGCCUAUCAUAGGAGAUGCAUUGAUGAAUCUAUUCCAGGCACUUCCGAGUUGUUAAAUACGAGCGCUGACCGUUCACUUCAUCUCUGCAAAUAUUUGUUUCACGCAUAUCAUCAUCUCUUUCCCAAUGUCGAAGAUAAGCGUGUUUUGCGUGUUCAUGUGUGGGUCAAAUUCUGGUUCAGAAAGGCCUCCACAUAUAGCAUGCCUCCAUUGAGAACAGAAAAGAAACGAACAUCUCGUGCUAAGGCGACCCAUAAUCCGAGCGGAGCUAUUCCAAAAUUUGGAGGAUGGUCGAAUUCUAUGAAGGUACCGUUCCAUGUACUCAAGGUUCCUGCUGAGUAUGAGGAAGAGGUAUAUUUAGCGGCAUUUUUAUCAUGUUGGCUUUGUGCAUUUGUAUUGCCGCAUGAAGGUCCCAGAGUUAUCCGUCCGGAAACGUUCAGAGUUGCGUGUAUGCUGGCUCGAGGGAAACGUGUAUGCCUUGCGAUCCCGGUUUUUGCCAGUAUCUACCAUGGGCUUAAUCAGAUCUCAAAUGCUCCAACUCCUGAUCAAGUUAGAAUGUGUUUUCAUGUUCACUAUGUCUAUGGAUGCUUGGCAUCAUAUUUUGAUAUGCAUUUUAAGAAUAAGAUUCAGUCCACGACACCAUUGAUGAUUUCUUACUCGGGAGAAAGUGGAGCGAGAUCCCUCGAGAAGAGAAGUGCGCGCAAACGAAUUUUUCAGGGAGAUGUAUCAGCAUGGGUAUGUUCUACACAUCGGAGAAUCAAAGAAUAUACAUUCUUCGAUGAAAAAAUCCUCCAGAGGCUGAGUUAGCGCUUUUUAGGAGUCUUCGGUCUAAUUAUCUUAUAUUGCGCUACCGGAAUCAUUGCAUUGCUGAGCCUUACACUCCUCAUCGCUUGAGUCGCCAAUUUGGGUAUUUUCAGGCUUAUGCGCCCGGCUUUCUUGAGAUGCGUAAUCAGAGUGUCACACUUGCUGCUGGCUUUCAGCUUUGGCUACAGUUUGAGCAUGACAUGUCACAGGCUGAAGCGGUAUUUCCGAACCCUCCUACUAUUCCAGCGAAAUUUUAUUCCUUGCAGUAUAAAGAAUGGUGGGGUCAAGUCCAUGGAAGUUAUCUGGAGAAUCAUGUGAGCGACUUGAUCAAGAUUUGCGAUCUUGCGGUUGGUGAUGUGAUUACCCCUUCAGAAGUAGCUUGUGACUCCGGUUUCCAAGAAGAAAAAAAUGUCUGAUACUAAAGCUAAGUCUUUGCCUCAGAAAAUGGCUAAGCUUGCAGUACCUAGAGCUGAAGUUUUGAUCAAGGAUGCUAAGAAGGAAAUGUCUCUUGCCAAUGGAAGGCAGAGUAGUGAUGAGAGGAAGUGGAAACAUCUUAGGAAACCUCAUGUUGGGACACUGAAGAUUCAUGUAGUCCUUGAUGAUGCUAGUUCUUCGAAUCAUGUUUCUUCAUCUAGCUUAAGUGAAGGAGAAAACGCAGAUCAUGACAUCGUUGCUGGAUUGAUAGCAAAAACUAGCCCAAGUUAUUGCAAAGAAGUUUCGAUUCAUGAAAUACCCAAGUCUCCUCAUGCAAAACCGACUGCAUCUGUAUUCCAUGCAGAAGACUACUUCUUUACUUUGUAUAAGCAGUUAAUCAUUAAUACUUGGAGUGACAUUCAACAAAAGUUAGGAAGGGACACAUGAGAGAAUGUCUCUUCUCUUCGGGAGAGUGUUGAGAAUUGUGUUAUCCUGAAGGAGAAGGAGGGUAUUGACCUUCCCAUGUUGAAGUCGAGAGUGAAGCAUUUCUUUGAAAGGGCGCAAGCAUUUGAUCAAACGUACUCGACUGUUACCGAUAGGGUUCCUUCUGAGAAACAAUCUCAGGAAUUGACUAUAUCACAAUGAGAUCACCAAUUCCUUUAUACUUCUAAGCUCAGUCUAGAAUAAUUCUUUCUUUAUAUUUUCAUCAUGUUUAGUCUCCAAAUGAGGAGCUAAACUCUUCCAUCUUGGUUUUGCUACUUUGAAACUUAAUGAAUUUGUAAGUUGUGAGUUAUUCUCUUUAAUUUUCUUCCUUGUA